CCCACGGACUGCGAUGGAGGAAAGUCGGUCACCGACGGGUGAGAUUCAUGCCCCCGUCCCACAAGUGUUGAUAUGGAAAAAGGGAGUGAGCAACGUCGACACCGGUGAGGUUGAUUUGAGACAACAGCAGGACAGCCACAACCAACUACGCUCACCUCAUCACGACAUAGGGGACAGACCACGCCUCAACUCCGCCUCAAGGUCACUUCAAGGUCCAUUGGUCAUGUGGAAGAAGACUGGUGGGAAUGGCGGCACCGAAGUGCUGCAGGUCAGGCACCAGGACGCGGUGGCAUGGAAGAAGGCUUUGGCCAGCAGCGUCGAGAACAGCAACUCUUCGGAUACACAUCAAGAUGAAACCGAAAUAUGGAAAACAGCAGUUAACUCCCUUGACCGAAAUGUAGCUGAUUUACGAAAAGGACAUGUGAUAUGGAAGAAAAGUGUUGGGGAUGUUGACAGUAGCGUGUCCGACACGCAUCAUCAGGAGAGUGUGUUGUGGAAGAAGCAAGUCCAGGGUAGCAUGGGGGACAUGGAGGCCCAUGAUGGGGCAGGAUGGAAGAAGGCAGUCAGCAGGGUGGACCGGCCCGAGAUGAGUCAGCAGGAUGACCAGAGUCCUCUGCAGUCACCGCAUCACGACAUUGGAGACAGACCUCUCAUGAACUCCACACCAAGGUCACCUCAAGGAUGGCCCCAAGAAUAUAGAAAUUCCAAACUCCCAGUUAGUUCAGAAUAUGAUGAUUCCAAAGUUCCCGGUGAAGCUGAUCGUCCUAGUUCUGGCAAUGGCUACCUGCCUGUGAAUGUGUCUAGCCCAUCAAUUCCCAGUCCAGGUGCCCCCAAGGUGGCCCAGCCCGCCCUCAAGUGUCUGGUGUGUGGGGACAAGUCGUCCGGCGUCCACUACGGAGUGCUGGCGUGCGAAGGGUGCAAGGGAUUUUUUCGUCGAGCACUGCAAAAUGUUGGUGACCCAGCUCGGAAAAAGUGUUUCUACAACAAGAACUGUGAGAUAAACAUCCAAACCCGGAACCGAUGUCAGUAUUGCCGUCUCCAGAAGUGCUUGGCUCUUGGAAUGUCAAGAGCAGCUGCAAAACUUGGCCGUCGGUCUCGGAAGAUGCGAGAAAUGAUCCGUAGUAUAGAAGACACCCAGACAGAGCAGGCGCUUCACGGACUGCUGAGCCUGAAUCCCGAGUGCUCCACGCAGAGCCCCAGCGGCAACCCCGCCCUCAACACCAUGGUCAUCAGCAGCCUCAACUUCCCUGCGGACAACCAGUCCUCGAUGGCCGCCCUCUCCAUGCUACUGAAACAGAGACAGAAUCUGAACCAUCUCAUUGGUCAGCCCCGUGUUGCCGAACAGUCACUAGAGAUGGACAACACCAACGACCUACACAGCAACAGCAACAACAUCAGCAGCACCAGCAACAACAGUUUAAGCACCAGCAACAACAGUAUGAGUGAGGCAGAAUCCAGCCAUCAGUAUCACAUUGCAUCAGAGCACGAGCCACUGAUGCUGAAGGUUGAACGGAGGGAGUCAGUGCAGGAACACUUACCUCAGCCGGAACCAGAUUACCCACCAAGGUCAUCACCACUUGUCUCAAGGUCAUCGCCAAGCGUAUCUGACCUGCCUCUUUCCCCACGUCUUACUAUUGCAGAGCCAACAGUGAGUGUGAGUACAAUUCCCUCAACAAUCUCUCCCCGUUCGGCUGUACCGUCACGGCUCUUGGCAGUGGCGUCAAUGACGAAGCCACAGAUGCAGCCUCCCCUAAGUAGCAGCAGCAGCGGCGGCAGCAGCAGCAGCAUCUCCAGCACCCACUCCGUGAUGGGCUCCCUUCUGCGCACACCGCCGCAGAUCAACUACACCCUGCCGUCGCUGUCCUCUCAGCAGUUCUACAUCAAAACAGAAGAUGGUGGCACUGAGUGUGUGAUGUCCACUGUUGUCCCGGCAAUGACGUCUAUGCUGCCGCCUGCUGUCUCCUCCAGCACGUCCCUCGGGACAAUGGACAUCCCCAGUCCACACAGUCAACAACCAUCUGUGAUCGUUCAGAACCUGACGCUUGAUCUUCGUAAGAAGUCAGAAGAGCUGAUUAGUCGUAGCCCAAUCAAAAAGCGACCGUAUUACCCAACUGAAGAUAGUCAGACCGAAAUUAUCCAAAGACAUGAACCAAUAGAACCCAAAGAAAAAUUCCAAAAAGUCAACCAUAUGGAACAGAGUACAAACUUAAGUAAACAAAGACGCAUAUCUAAUGACCAGUGGCCGGUGAGGCCAGACACUAACUCUUACCAAGACACACCCAUGACAAGCCACUACAGUCGGGUGCCAGUGUCACAUGACCAGUCACCAAUUGAGCACACAGCGGUGGUUACACCAAUAGUCAACAAGAGUCGGACCAAUAUGUACUCGCGGAGAAUGGAGGAGGAACCCAAACUCACUGUCCCCAGCAUGAUAUCCAAAAUACAAGAAUCAUUUGUGACGACGUUUACACUUCUCAAGGUGAGGCUUGGCGAGAUGUCACAGAAGCUCCGAGAAUACCAGGGGCAGAACUCUAUGGAACGCAUGAUUGGACGAAUUGUCACGGAACAUCUCAACUCGGACAACAAACAGGUGUCAGGCAACAUGACGGGGGAGAUCUGCUGGCAGCACUUUCAGCUCCUGCUCAACAAAACCAUCCAGGACGUCGUCAUCUUUGCAAAGAAGAUCCCCGGCUUCGCUGUGCUCGACCAGGACGAUCAGAUCAGUCUUAUCAAGGGAGGAUGCUUCGAGGUGGCCUGCGUGGUGUGUGCUCCCUUCGUGGAUGUCGACACCAACACCAUCUACCUGCUGGGGAAUAACUCCCUGGUCACCCGCGAGGAGAUGAAGACAGGGUUCCCGCUCGGGGAGCACUUUGUGGAGCUUCUGUUCACGCUGUGUAUCCGCUUCAAUGCCUUCAAACUCCAGGAGUCAGAGAAGUCUCUCUUCAGCGCUCUCGUCCUCAUCUCCCCAGAUCGGCCUGGGUUGAAGAACCGUGAGAAGGUGAUGAGACUGCAGGAGAUGCUGAUCCAAGCGCUGGAGGCGGAGAUCUCCUCCUGCCACCCCGACGAGGUGGGCCUGUUCCCCCGACUCCUCAUGAGCAUCUCCAGUCUACGGGAGCUGGGCGUGGAACACAGACGCAUGCUGGAGUCACUCAAAGGACAAAUGAGUUUCCCUCACAACCUGUACGCUGAGACAUUCGAUCUCAUUCCGUGACACUAUGGCAACGACCUUGAACCCGGUGACAAGAUCAAGUCCAUGGCUACUAGUAGCUGUUAUAUAAAUACUCUACACCACGGAGGCGCUAGCCAUUAAUUUAUUAUUGCAUAAACUUUCCAUCAAUGAUAACGAGCUUUAAAUGCCUCGUUAAAAAUAUUUAUCUUGUCUUUCCAUUUUGAAUAUUAGAAAUAUCUAUAUAUAUUAUACAUAUACAUUUGAAUAUAUGACUAUAUUGUUUGACCGUCGUGUGACACCAGUUGUGCUUUGGCUGCUUCCAUCUUCAUCUGACACAGUGAUUGACCUCAAUGACCUUCAAGGUCAAGGUCAUGCUUUCUCAAGGCCAUGUUGCAGACACGCGUGAGCUUGGUUUGCCGUGGCUAGAUGUAGGCAGCAUGCAUAGUUCUGGCAGCAGUGUCUCAUCAUCAUGUUCGUCAUCAUGCCAUACCAUGGUGCAAUGCCAUAUCGUCCACACGUUGGGUGACAUCCUUCCCAUCAUGCCAUAACUGUCCUUGCAGUGCGGUGUUCUUCCCUCCUCACAUUGCCUUCGCCAUCUUGAAUGACCGAUAUCCACUGGCGCGGAACGUUGCAUUUGUAUAGGCGUGUUCCAUGCAGUUCCGUGCAGUGUAUCGAGAUGGAGCACAAUGUUUGUAUAAUGGAGUUCCUGUAUUUCGUCACUGCGUGUCCAGCUACGUCUGCCAUCUUUCUUGUGUCAGUACCAGUGUUGUGAGAUAGACUUUAUGAUAAUCCUGCCAUGUGGUGUUAGUCGGUCAGCAUAAUUUAUUGUUAUUGUAUAUUGAUGUUGGACUUGGCUUCAAGUUUAUAUAGCUUUACCUAUAUCUGUUCAGAUGGUAUGAAAAAUCUAUAUGCAGUUUGACAUGAGAGACUGCGUGAUCCACACAAAUGGUAGGGAUCUGCCAAAAUAUCAAAUCAUCAUUGUCUGGGUGUACAGAAAAGAAUGCAAAUAAGCAUAUAUGUUUUGAAUCAAAACCAGAUUUACUGAGCACUGUUUGUGUUUCUAAAUCCAUAUUGUCCUGCUCACUGCACGUCUUGCUUGAGGUCUCAGGUGAUAUUCUCACCUGGUGUUAUCGUGUGUGAAUCGGUCAAUGAUAUCAUCAUCAUGCUAGUCACACCCGGUGGUGUGAUGCUGGUCACACAGGUUUUAUGAUUGUUUUACCUGCAGAUGGAUGUUUUUGCGUCCAGGUGAUAGAUUCAUUUUUUUUGUGCCCGGUGAUAUGAUUGUGUUAAUAGCAUCUAGUGAAAUUAUGAAACCCAUAACACCCGGUGAAAUCAUCAUGCUUAAACACACGUUGAUAUCAUUCUGUUCACAUCUUGUCAAAUCGCUGUUCUCAUAACAUCCAGUGAAAUUGUGAUGCUUGCAACACCCGCUGAUAUCAUGCUUGUAACAUCCGUGAAAUCUACAUGAUCAUAACACUCACUGAUAUGCUUGUAACAUCCGGUAAAAUCAUCCUGCUUGCAAUGACCGCUGAUAAACUCGUAACAUCCGCUGAUAUCAUGCUUGUAACAUCCGGUGAAAUCAUGCCCUAAAAACACCCGGUGAUAUCCUCGUAACAUCCAGUGAAAUCAUGCUCGUAACAUCCAGUGAAAUCAUGCUCGUAACAUCCGGUGAAAUCAUCAUGCCGGCAACACCCGGUGCAAUCAUCAUGCUUAUAACACCCAUUGCUAUCAUGCUCGUAACGUCUGGUGAAAUCAUGCUCGUAACAUCCGGUUAAAUCAUGCCCGUAACAUCUGGUGAAAUCAUGCUUGUUACAUCCGGUGAAAUCAUCAUGCUCGCAACACCCGCUGAUAUCAUGCUCGUAACAUCUGGUGAAAUCAUGCUCGUAACGUCUGGUGAAAUCAUGCUCGUAACAUCCGGUGAAAUCAUGCCCGUAACAUCUGGUGAAAUCAUGCUUGUUACAUCUGGUGAAAUCAUCAUGCUCGCAACACCCGCUGAUAUCAUGCUCGUAACAUCUGGUGAAAUCAUGCUCGUAACACCCGGUGAAAUCAUCAUUCUUAUAACGCCCAUUGAUAUCAUGCGCGUAACAUCCGGUGAAAUCUGCCUGCUUGCAACACCCGCUGAUAUGCUCUGAACACCCAGUGUAAUCAUCAUACUUGCAACACCUGUUGAUAUCAAGCUUGUAACGUCUUGGUGAAAUCCAUCAUUGUGAUAUGUUGAUUAUAACCAUCGCCGAUAUCAUGCAUAUGGCACCCGGUGAUAUCCUGCUUAUAACACCUGGUAAAAUCAUCAUGCAAAUAAUACCUACUAGCACAUAGCAUGUGGUGAUAUCAUGUUUGUAGCACUCUCUGUCUUCAUCAUGCUCGUAACAUCAGCCGAUGUCAUGCCUAUAACACCUGGUGAAAUGUCCCUGCAGACAUGACCAUGUAACACCUGGGAAUAGGGUCUCCCUGCUGACACCUGUAUCCUCCUGCUCUCUUCAUCCACUCCCAUCAUCAGCCGGCCUGUUUCCUGGACACUGAACUAAUCUGGUGAAACACCUACAAUAUUUGUUUUCCUUCAUUGUACACAGUUAAUCUUAGUUUUAUUCCUUCCCCUCAUCGUGUUUCUAGGUUUGUCAGCACCAUGCUAUGCUCCUUGGUUUCGCCAAAGUGGUAAACGUGCACGAUUCAGUUCCUUCCCACCUCAAGCUGACGCAUUGUGAUAUAACUGGAAUACUGUUCAAAUCGGUGUAAAAACCCAGCUUGCUCCCUCACUCACUCACUCACUCACUCACUCACUCACUCACUCACUCACACUGUGUCAGUCCAUGAACAUCAUCCCAUUGCUUGACAGGAAGUUGUUACAUCAUCUUGUCCUUUGACCUUCCAUCAUGUGGGACUUCCCACCACUGUAAGCUGACAUAUGUCGCUGGUAGAGUGUCGCCCAUAUCACUGCAAUGUCCUGUUGGUUGUUUCAUGGAUAAUAAACCCACCCAUGGAAACAGAGCACACCAGCCUGACCAGGAGCAAUACUACAGCUGUGAUACCCUGGAGGAAACGGGGCACUGUCAGGACGACCUCGAGAGAGCUGUCAGCUGUGUCUCUUCAAGUUGUUAAUACAUGUUUAUGUGAAUAGUUAAUCUUUGCACUUUUCUCCUAUUGGUUCUUUUCUGUACAUGCAGACUCCAACAAAACCUGUGAAUUCUAGAAACCUGUGACUUGUUGAAUAACCUAUGAAAUAACCUUAACCAACGUUAUUUUCAAAGCAUGUGAAAAUGUGAAUUUUUCCUGUAAGACGGUGGUUGGCUGUAGUCUGUGACUUUUCUACCGUUUUAAACGACUGUCCCUGUGAUUUAGGACCCUGACCAGAUCCCCGUCACUUUGCGCUCCCUGCAUCGGUGUCAGUCAUUGGCGGGCGCUGUGUAUGAAGCUAUAUAUAUUUUGAGAUUCUUAACAUGUAUAAUAUUUUUAUCCAUGGAUUUUGUGUAGCCCUGUUGGAAUGUGGGGCUUAGUGACUGUACAAGGUACUUGAUACACUUGCUGUAUAUUGUUUGCAUUUUAACACUUCCAUGUACCACACCUUAUUGAUUUAUCUAUAUUUUGUAUCAUACUAUCAUUUAUUUAUUGGUUAUGCAAAGCCCUCAAACUGGCAUGAACUGGCUGUUUGAAAGAGUCUAUCAGUCUUUCCCAUGAGGCCUCAGUUAUGUUCUGAUCUGAUUGGUCAUUUCAUGUUGUGCAACUUGAACACCAUCUAGCCAGCUGGACAUGCACUGGUCAUGCUUCAAAAACAUGUUGAGUGAUGGUCAAACAUUGUUAAACAAUGUUCCUAAAUAUCUCCAUCUUGUUUUAUGAGAAGGUUAUUUAAAGAUGAGUUACACCACUGUAUCUUUGAAGUAUGUAUCAGUUUUCUACAAUUGUCUACAUUUGGUGGAAUCAUGGAUAUUGCCCAAGAGUUAUAUAAUGGCUAUAACACCUGGUGAUAUAUAUUAUGAUAUCAUGGUUAUGCUACAUGUUGUUAUGCUUGUACGACCUGGUGAUAUCAUGACUAUGGCACCCAGUGAUAUGGUUGUAACACCAGGUGAUAUCUGACAAUGGCACCCAGUGAUAUGGUUGUAACACCUGGUGAUGUCAUGACUAUAACACCCAGUCAUAUGGUUAUAACACCUGGUGAUAUCAUGACUAUAACACCCAGUUAUAUGGUUAUAACACCUGGUGAUGUCAUAACUAUAACACCCAGUUAUAUGGUUAUAACACCUGGUGAUAUCAUGACUAACACUCAGUUAUAUGGUUAUAACACCUGGUGAUGUCAUAACUAUAACACCCAGUUAUAUGGUUAUAACACCUGGUGAUGUCAUAACUAUAACACCCACUGAUAUGUUUAUAACACCUGGUGAUAUCAUGACUAUAACACCCAGUGAUAUGGUUAUAACACCUGGUGAUAUGACUAUAGCACCCAGUGAUAUGGUUGUAACACCUGGUGAUAUCAUGACUAUAACACCCACUGAUAUGUUUAUAACACCUGGUGAUAUCAUGACUAUAACACCCAGUGAUAUGGUUAUAACACCUGGUGAUGUCAUGACUUUAACACCCAGUGAUAUGGUUAAAACACCAGUUGAUAUCAUGACUAUAGCACCCAGUGAUAUGGUUAUAACACCUGGUGAUAUCAUGACUAUAACACCCACUGAUAUGUUUAUAACACCUGGUGAUAUCAUGACUAUAGCACCCAGUGAUUUGGUUAUAACACCUGGUGAUAUCAGUCUGUUAAGUGAAUAAUCAUCAUGCAUGAACAAAAUAUGGACAAAUAUACUAAAUUGUGGAGACAGGCACCAAGACCAACCUUCUAUAGUACUUUGAUAACUGAUAGUUAAGGCAGAUUUCUUCAGUUGGAGAACAAUAAGUACUAAUAGAGGUAAAUCAAACCUGCAAUCAAACUGGACAGUUAUUACAGGGGGCUGUCACAGGUUUUCGAUGCAAUAAUCAACUUUCCCCUAAUUCUUGUCAUGCUUUGGGUCGGCCACUUUGUAUCAUCUUCCCGAGGCAAGAGAGUUAACUGACUUUUAUACUCAGUUAACUCCCUUGCCUCGGGAAGAUGCUUUGUAUUUGAUUAUAAAAUGUCCAUUUUUUCAUGAUCCUCCCCAAAUAUUUGUUUUAUGUUUUAUGAUCCUCUCCUGAUUCCUUCUGAAACCCUCCCAACCCCCACCCCUCAUGAUAACUGACCGGCCCCUAAGCAACUGUCUUAACAGUAAGCUGAAACAAGAAAGACGCACAUUUGUUAUUUUUUAAAAGAAACAUUUAAUUAAAGUACCAGAUAGGCUUAUGAAACAGUUCAGGUACUAUAGAAGAGUUGGCCAUAUGUCGAGCACUGAAGUGAAGCAGUCGGUCAGAUUGUUUGGACGUAUCGAGGCAGCAUAGUCCCCUGUAGUAUGCAUAUCUGUAGAUGUCCUGUCGGGGCGUUCCCAACCCCGGUCUGUUCUUCCCCCUCCCACGCCUGCUGGGUGUUGAUAUGCAAGAUGAUGGUGCUCUCUCCCCUCCCGCCCCAUCUCUCCCCCCUCACUCUCUGACCAACACAUUACUAGGAUGGCCAAACCUUGUUCCCCAGUGAUAGCUGCAGAAGGUGCUGGCUACCAGUCAGUGAUUGGGUAGUUCUCAUGGCCACAAGUACUUCUUUGUGCUUUGGUGUAAUACUGUUACCAUGUUCCACUGACUCCAGACUUCAUCCUAGGGACUCCAGACUGGAGGCUUCAUCCUAGGGACUCAAGACUAGAGACUUCAUCCUAGGGACCCAGACUGGAGACUUCAUCCUAGGGACUCCAGACUGGAGACUUCAUCCUAGGGACUCCAGACUAGAGACUUCAUCCUGGGGACUCCAGACUGGAGACUUCAUCCUAGGGACUCAAGACUAGAGACUUCAUCCUAGGGACUCCAGACUGGAGACUUCAUCCUAGGGACUCCAGACUAGAGACUUCAUCCUUGGGACUCCAGACUGGAGACUUCAUCCUAGGGACUUCAUCCUAGGGACUCCAGACUGGAGACUUCAUCCUAGGGACUCCAGACUGGAGACUUCAUCCUAGGGACUCCAGACUAGAGACUUCAUCCUGGGGACUCCAGACUGAAUACUUCAUCCUGGAGACUUCAUUCUACUCAGCCCAUUCCUUAAUUCUGGUGAAGUCUGAUUCAUGCCCAGGAUUUAAACCUGUGGCUUGUUAUUGGGCCAUACACAUCCUAGCUAACAUCAGCUACCCAUCUCUACUUGAAUAAUGAUACUGCUUGUCAGAACAUUGGAGACCCAAGGGAGGAAACUUCCAGUGCUUCAGAGUUGUAGUGAUGUGUAUUUGUGUGGGUUUGAGUGCAUCAUUAGUGUCUGUGUAUGUAGAUGUGUGUCAUGUUCAUGGUUGAAGUGUUCUGUCUUUCUCCCAGGGCCUAUUGCCCAGCUCACUCUAGUGUAGUGUACUAUGCAACAAUGUGUACCCCCUUCUCGACUAGGCCGUCACAGGAUCUGUCUACUCAUGCCAUUCCUUGCAGUAAGGAAUAUGUUCCUUUGUCAUAUCAGGGUUCCAGGGGAAUAGCAUAGAUUAAGAAGACAUAUCCCAUUGAAGAAUUAAUGUCGAUAAAAUGUUUGUACAUUUGUAUGUGUAUUGAAAGACAAUUUCCACAUAUAGAGGAGAGCUGUUGAUAUGGGUUACCAAAUCUGACAAAGAUUCUGUUAGAUGUGAGACCAAAAAUUGGUACCAUGUUUAUUUUUUGUUGUUUUCCAGUUACUGUAUUUUUACAUUAGUGUCUUGUAAUUGGGCCAAGCUGCAUUUGUUAGUUGAAGUUUAACCAUUGGCGGAAACAUUCAGAUAUCAGCUGUAACAUCUGUCUCAUGCUUGUACACUCAUGACAGUAUGUAGAAUUGUCUGUCAACUCGCCCCAGCUAGCUAGUUGCCUCGAUGCAUAAGGGAUUGGUUUGCUUUCAUCCAAGAAGUAAUUGGUGGCUUCCAGCAGAGGCUGAAGGCUUGGGUACAUUUAAGCAGGAACUGGGGGUUGUUUCCUGCCUGGGGAGGCUGGAGACUUGGUUUGGGCACAGCAGAGAGUGGAUCCUUGGUCUCUUCCUUGGAUAGGCUGAAAAAUUGUUUUCUGCUUAGCAGGAACUGGGGGCUUUGCUUCUGUUCAGAGGGGACUGAAGGCUUAAAUUCUGCCUAGUAUAGACUGAAUGCUUGGUUGCUUAAGGUCUGGUUACUACUGGAAACUGAAGGUCUGGUUACUACUUAGGGAUGUGAGGCAUGGUUACUGCUUAGCGGGGCUGAAGGCCUGGUUACUAUUUUGCAGGGACUUUAGGCUUGGCUACUGCCGAACAGGAACUUAAGGCUUGGCUACUGCCUAAGAGGGACUUAGGCAUGGUUUUGGCUUCAAUACAUUGACAUUAAACACCUGUACAGUACAUGUUCAAAGUUAUGAUUUUUGACACCGGAGAGUGUGAUAGGUCGACAUGAAGGAUUGUGAAUACACGCUCAGGUGUGAUGAAGUCAACACUGACCUGAGGUACUGAUUUAGACGUCAGUGAAAAGGCAGUACCUUUCAAUACUAUGUGAGAUGUUGGCACUUUGGAGGAUUUCUAAAGGUAAAGGGUGUCAACAAAGAAGUGUACACUUUCUUCAAGCAUCGACAUCAAUUGACCAAUGCUGAGGUGAUGAUGGAUGUUGCCAUGGAGAAGACAAUAAGCAGCUAGUUGAAUGACCCUGUGAUGAUACUUCUAGGUGCUAUCAGAUCAAAGAUUGCAUACCAUGCUUCAUGUGUGUUCUAUAUCCCUCCUCCAGCUCCUUCCCCAUAUUGCUGUCGUCUUUGGUACUUAUUAGGUGACUGUGCUCAGUUCGAUAGUGUGUAGCCGUUCUCCCUGUCAUCCGUCGGCCUCCGACACCCAGGGAGACGAUGCCCUUGGUUCCUUCUAACCACCACAUGUCACACAGCUCCCUUCCUCCUCCGUAGUUCACAGCAUCACCACUAGAGGGCUCUCUACAAGGGAGAUAACCCCGUGUUUACAGGACUGGGUUUACAGGUGUUUGGGUCCUAGAUCCGGUGAAUAUUGUUAAUUGAUGUUUUUGUUUCCAAGGUUUUAUUUUAUUGCAGAAAUAAACUGGUUGAUUGACAGCCCACAGUAGAGAGUCAGAACAACACCAACAAACUUUGUUAAUUAUUAAACUUUGUUAAUUCCAUGAGCAACAUUUUACGAACGUUGUUCCUGCUUAUGAAUGAUGCGUACUGCACGUAACAGUAUUUUGUGUACCCUGAUUUUUAGGCUAUUUAUGAUGUAUAUGGUUUUAUCAUAUCGAGUGUUAGGUAUUGGCACCAGCUUAUGUUGUACAGAUUGCCAGUUAAUGGAUGAAAUGGUUGAUACAACAUCAUGUCAUGUUAAUAGUACAAGGUCAGAGUUGCACAGGAUAUUCUCUUCUAGGGCCUAGGGGAUGUACUUUGUGUACAUGCUCAUAUCCCUUGUAGUCUUAUUUGGCCUGCAAAUUAUGUUUAGUUCAAAAGUUAACCAAGUAACACUCGAGAUGCCAUGGUGUCCUGGCCCACCCAUGUGUGCUCCUUGCAGGGAUGCUACUUUACCUAACCCUGUUCCACUUUCUGGAAAAAUAUGUUGUAUACAUAGACAAAAAUUUGCAAGUUAUUAUUGCAAAGCAUGUUUAAUUCAACUGUGAAGAUUCCAGCCUUCAAUCUUUGUUACAAGGGGACAGAUGUCUGCCCCUCACAGUGGCCUUCGUCACUGACAUUGUCUACACUGAAUGUGUAGCGAGGUCAUGAGCUGCUGUGGAGUUUUUGCCACCUGGUUAUUGGGUCUAUUGGCGCUGAAAUAUGUUUUGUUAAUUUUGCACAAUCUGUUCUUUUUUUGUCUGAUACCACUGUUGGGAGUACCUUUUGUACACCACCCAAUAUUUACACGGUCAUUUGUGAAUAGAUCUCUGAUAAAAAGGAUAAAGACUUUGCAACUCUGAUCUUGUUCCUAGUUGAAGUUUUUACAAAAUGUACCGGUGGUGUGUACACACUAUGUCAACAUAUAUACAUCUCGAAUACUAUCUGGUAUUUUAACAUUGGUGUAAUUGUUUUCAUUGUUGCAUUAAUUCUUUUAAUAUGGAAAUGUCGAAACUAUUUUAUUUAUGACUGUGUUCCUUAUUUAUUUCAUCCAUUUUUUCAGAAUUGUUUAUCCCACUUAGUGCUAUGAAAUAGUUUUGAGGUAUUUAUUUUGUUGCUUAGUUACGACUCCUGUUUCCGGCCCCACUGUGCUGAUACCAAAGUGUGAGGACCACAACCCGAUAUGUGUAUGUCAGGACGACAUUCCAUGUCCGUUAUCGGCGGCGGCGGCGAUCAGCUGGCACAAGAUGCUGACGCCCUGUAUCUCCCCCAGUUGUUGUCAACAUGUUAUGUGGAGCCCCAGCGACUCCAACGUGUGCAGCGUCAUGUCGCUGUAAAGUUUGAACCACAGCAACACUCCGCAUUGCUCAUGGCAGCCGUGUUCCAGGGCCUGCACCAGAGCAAUAUGACUCUCGUAUCUCCUGGACUUUAACAUAGACUUGCAACAGUGCUCAGAUUGCUGUGUUAAACAGACCCUGUAGUCACACCACACUAUGUCUCUCAGAGUUAUUCCACGGAUGUUUUUGAGAUUUUAUUUUUUCUGACCCUUGACUGACCCUUUUGGGAAAUAAGAAAUGAUAUUGUUAAAGUGUAUUUUUGGCUAUAUCGAGAAGUGACUGUAUUUGAUGACAAGGAUAUCAGUACUGCUGUUAGUUAACCUUACCAUCAGAUAAGCAUGUCUUCCUCAGAAUGGAUUGGUGUCCUAUAUUAGAAAGCAUAUGAAGUAUGAACUAUCUUGUUAAAAGUACUGAUUUUUUCCUAGAACAAAUUUAAUGAUAAAUGGUAUGUCACACACAAACAGACUUUGAAAUAGUUAUUUAUUUAAAAUACUUUUCUCACUGACCAUUUUUGUAUAUCUCUCUUCAGGCUGGAAAUUGUUUAAGAAACACAUGCAAUUGUAACUGAAGGUGGACUUGUAAACCUCCUGACAUUGGUUUAAAGAAACAUUUGAAGAGACACAGUUACACAGUGUCAUGUCUAGUGCUUUAUAUCACACAGUCUCAUGUUUUGUGCUAAAUAUUACAGUGUCAUAAUUAGUGCUAAAUAUUACACAGUGUCAUUUCUAGUGCUACAUAUUACAGUGUCAUGUUUAGUGCUAAAUGUUACACAGUGUCAUUUCUAGUGCUACAUAUCACACAGUGUCAUGUUUAGUGCUACAUAUCACACAGUGUCAUGUUUAGUGCUACAUAUCACACAGUGUCAUGUUUAGUGCUACAUAACACACAGUGUGAUGUUUAGUGCUACAUAUUACAGUGUCAUGUUUAGUGCUUCAUAUUACAGUGUCAUGUUUAGUGCUACAUAUCACACAGUGUCAUAUUUAGUGCUACAUAUCACAGUGUCAUGUUUAGUGCUACAUAUUACAGUGUCAUGUUUAAUACUACAUAUCACACAGUGUUGUUUUUAGUGCUACAUAUUACACAGUGUCAUGUCUAGUGCUAUAUAUUACACAGUGUCAUGUUUAGUGCUACAUGUUACUGUACAGGUACAUAUUAUUUCUAUCUACGUGUGAAAUAGUGUUAUGUUUUACAUAUUCUCUGCAUUUUCCUUCAAUGUUUACUGAGUCUCUUGUCAAGGGGUGGCCAUUUAGAGCACACGGCCAUGAUAACACUUUCAUUUUAUUCCGCCAAUAUGUCCGACUUGUCAGGUUUACAAACAACAUCAAUACACAUAUAGAAUAGUGGGAAAUGAAAGGAGAACAGGCAAUAAGAAAGAAGCUGUUGUAUAUAAAUUAGUAGUAGGUGAAAUAGGGACACAGCUUCGAGCCUCGUGAGUUGUCUCCCCUGACCCAGUGACCUGCAAGUUGCUGUCGCUGCCCUCAAUGGCCCCAGGAGCAGUGCUGAGUGGUUGUUGAUUUGGAACUGUGCCAAUUGUCAGUUGGAGUCAUCGUCUAAGAAGAAUGAAGCAUAAUGUUGUCUUGAAAAACAAGGCUUCUGAUUAGGGCUUGAGAAUUGGUGCUGACUUCUGAACCUUGGAAAAGUGAUAAUGUGUACAAUGUUCAAGUAGGCGUUACAUGAUUGACGUGCGUGCAUCUGGCUGUCCACAGAUUUAUCAAGUGUCAAAUGUUGACAUGGUUUUGUUAAAACAGCUUUGAGUAUGUUGUUUUUAUUCAUGAAAUUUCUGAUCUAAUGUUGUGUAGGUUUUAUCACUUGGUUGAGAUUCAGUCCAAUAUGGCACUCUAUGCAUAUACUUACAUGGUGAACACUGGUCUCAGGCUGGCUUACCCUGUUAGUGGCUGCCACUGGGACCACCCUGGCACCACGCUGGGACCACCCUCAGGCCAGUGCUCACAAUAUUGCAGUAUUUCCCUAGCUCUGUGUGACUACUAGUGUCGCCACCUGGUGGUCAUGUGUGAAUCUCCCUCUUCCCUAUGUGAGUAACACACAUUAAAGUCUGCAUCGUCCUCAA